CGCCUCCUCCUAUUAAUGCCUCUUUGUGCUGAUAGACACGUCAUCGACAUUCCACAACAUCCAAGAUGGCGGCAUCGGUGCGCGACAAGCAGACAGUGGCUCUGAGGCGCAUGUUGAACUUCAACACUCCUCCCGUGAAGAACGCCACAUCCGAGCCAGUAUGGAAGGUGCUGAUCUACGACCGCUUCGGCCAGGACAUAAUCUCACCUCUGCUGUCUGUCAAAGAGCUGCGGGACAUGGGCGUCACCCUGCACCUCUUGCUCCACUCGGACCGAGAUCCCAUUCCCGACGUGCCGGCCAUCUACUUUGUCAUGCCCUCGGAGGAGAACGUCGACAGAAUGUGUCAGGACCUGAGGAACCAGCUGUACGAAUCGUACUACCUGAACUUCAUCUCGGCCAUCAGCCGAAGCAAACUGGAGGACAUCGCCGGUGCUGCCUUGGCCGCUAAUGCCGUCAGCCAGAUCACCAAGGUUUACGACCAGUACCUGAACUUCAUCACGCUCGAGGACGACAUGUUUGUCCUGUGCCAUCAAAACAAGGAGCUCAUCUCGUAUCACGCUAUCAACCGGGCGGACGCACAGGAUGCCGACAUAGAGGCCAUCAUGGACACCAUCGUGGAUAGCCUCUUCUGCUUCUUCGUCACCCUUGGCGCUGUGCCUGUCAUCCGGUGUCCCCGUGGCAACGCGGCCGAGAUGGUUGCCGUGAAGCUGGACAAGAAGCUGCGUGAAAACCUCCGCGACGCCAGGAACAGCCUGUUCACGGGAGACAACAUGGCCGCCGGGCAGUUCAGCUUCCAGAGGCCGCUGUUCGUCCUGGCUGACCGCAACAUGGACAUGGCCACACCCCUUCACCACACAUGGACAUAUCAGGCGCUCAUCCAUGACGUCAUGGAUUUCCACCUCAACUGGGUGGUGCUGGAGGAGGGCGCGGUGGCCGAGGCGUCCUCCGCCGGUGCCAGACCCAAAAAGAAGAGCCGCCGCACGUACGACCUGACGCCCGCCGACAAGUUCUGGCAAAAGCACAAGGGCAGUCCCUUCCCGGAGGUGGCCGAGUCAGUCCAGGAGGAGCUGGACGCGUACCGGGCGCAGGAGGACGAGGUCAAACAUCUGAAGAGCAUCAUGGGCCUGGAGGGCGAGGACGAGGGCGCCAUCAGCAUGCUGUCCGACAACACCGCCAAGCUCACGUCGGCCGUCAGUUCUCUGCCCGAGCUGCUGGAGAAGAAACGCCUGAUUGAUCUGCACACCAACGUGGCCACGGCCGUGCUGGACCACAUCAAGAGCCGAAAAUUGGAUGUUUAUUUCGAGUAUGAAGAAAAACUGAUGAGCAAGUCGACUUUGGACAAAUCUCUCCUGGACAUCAUCAGUGACCCGGAUGCGGGGACUCCGGAAGACAAGAUGCGACUCUUCCUCAUCUUCUUCAUCACAGCUCAGCAGCCUCCUUCCGAGUCUGACGUGGAGCAGUACAAAAGGGCCAUGCUGGAUGCUGGCUGUGACCUGUCGCCCCUCACCUACAUCAAACAGUGGAAGGCCUUCACCAAGAUGUCCGCCACCCCCGCCAACUACGGCAACAGCGGAGUCAAGCCCAUGGGACUCUUCUCACGAGUGAUGAAUAGCGGCUCUCAGCUGGUGAUGGAGGGAGUGAAGAACUUGGUGCUCAAGCAGCACAACCUCCCGGUGACGCGAGUCCUCGACAACCUGAUGGAGAUGAAGUCGCACGCUGAAACGGACGACUAUCGCUACUUUGACCCAAAGAUGCUGCGUGGCAGCGAAAGCUCCAUUCCCAGGAACAAGAACCCUUUCCAGGAGGCCAUCGUCUUUGUGGUGGGUGGCGGAAACUACAUUGAGUACCAGAACUUGGUGGACUACGCCAGGUCAAAAACAGGCAAGAAGAUCCUUUACGGCUGCAGUGAGCUGUUCAACGCGUCGCAGUUCCUCAAACAGCUCUCCCAGUUGGGCCAAAAAUGAGGUGGCAGACCCCAAAGAACAUUUUAGCCUGUGAGCAGAAGUGCUUGGGAUGGAUGAGCGCAUCAAUUGCUGUUGACUGGGUGGAUGUUGUCCAGCAGCAUCAAUACAAAAGAACUUGACCAACCCCCUUUUUUAAAGUGUGUUGCUUUUGGAAGAUGUAUCUGAGGAAACCCUGUCUGUCAAUCACCCCAUAAAUCAAUAUGUAGAAUAAAAAUCGUCGAGCCUCAUCAAGUCCAA